AUUUACUCAGGUUGCAAAGGGCUGCCCCUAAUGUUCAGCUCAGACUGCAGCACAUGUGCGAGGCUGCAUAGGCAGAUCUUAACAACACCUUGACACCAAAUGAAAGCAUUCAAUCUCACUGACAUUUCUUAAGGAAGAAGCAGGAAAAAGUGACAAAGCUUUGAAGUUCUUGACAGAGAAAACUUGCGCGGGAGAAGGAAAGACAUGACAGGAAACAGCUGGUAGAGAAUCAGUGCAACUUCCAACUUCUUGUGGACCUUUAUCCAUCUAAAACAGGACCACCAGUGAAUCAGGCCCACGCUGUUCAUCUUGCACAGUUGCACGUGUCAUGGCUGAACCUGCCUGGUGGAAAUUGACCUUCUUGAGGACGAAGUCGUCCGAGUCCAAGGUCCUGUAUGAGAUCCCAGCUGAAUAUGGCAGUAACACCGGCAAUAAAGAACUGUCCAGCCCUUCUCUCUACACAGAUAACACUGACAGUCAGCUAGAUGCUAAGUUGGAGAAGAUUGUGGAUAAGUCUGCCACCAAAGGCCGUCAUGUCAAAGUCUCACACUCUGGCCGUUUCAAAGAGAAAAAGCGGAUUCGAGCCACUCUUGCUGAAAAUCCCAGUAUUUUCCCUGAGUACAACAGGACUGAUGAGAACCAUGUGGUAGAGAAGUAGCAUACAUUCUUAUCUUUUAGAUACAAACACUCCCUAUUUGUUAAUUAGCAUAACCCUUAUCAAGCCACUCACACGGGGAUGAAAACUAUCUCUUUAUUUUAUGGGGACUAAUUUAGAUUAAAACAUUUAAAUGAUUUCUUAAUCUUAAGAAUAUUGUAAGUAUAUUUGGUACUUUUAAAGGGGAAUUACGCAGAUUUUUAAAAAUUUUUGCAUUAAAUUAUUGCAGGGUAAACAAAGUGGUUUGAUGUGAAAUGGUGCAUUUUAGGGAAACUAAUCAAACUAGGGGUUGUGAUGUCCACAAUGCAAAUACAGCCAUUUUAUUUACUAUUCAAAACAACCAGGGAACCUACAUGUCUUGUGACUUUUUAUAUGUAAUGUUGAUUAUGAUAAAUAAAAUAAAAUAGUAAAAUAGUAGGCAAAUAUGGAAAAAUAUAUUUUCUUUGGAAACUAUUUUGCCUUAUAACACAAUGCAUGCACCUCUCUGCCAAGAAUGCAUUUUAAAAUAUGCUUAAUGCCAAAACUUCAUUACUACUAUAAAACAAUGUCUCACACAAAUUCGUAAUCAUUUCCUGAAAUUUGGAUGUCAGGUUCACCACCACCACUGUGAACCACUGUGAUUAAGUUUCUCUAAAAUAGAGCAUUUCACAUCAAACCACUCUGAAUGACUUUGUUUACAUUUUAACGAUGCAAUUAUGCAGAAUUUUUGGAAAACCCUCUUUAAUUUUAGUUAAUGUAGUUGCUUAACUGUCUAAAUUCUUAUGCUAAGAUUUAGGUGCUGAAUGGUGUGCUUAUUGAAAAUGUCAUAUGAGUCACCAUAGAUGAUGUGGAAAAGAAAAUGCAAUAAAUGAAUGAAUGAGUGAAUAAAUAAUUAAAUAUUUUUUAAAAAUCA